AUGGAACCUCCUAAGCUUCAGGUGCAGCAGCCCUCACCUACAGAAGAAGCCAACGACACUACAGACAAAACGCCGGCUACCAGGAGAUCAUUGCAUCAGAACAUCCUGGGCAAACUCCGUCCACUUCCUUUGCAAUACCACUGGACAUUCUGGUACGACAAGCACUCUGAGAGCGCAUCUUCAGACUACGACGAGAGGCUGUACGUCCUAUACGAAGACGUCGCGGACAUAGCUACCUUCUAUCGCGUCUACAACAACUACCCAUGGGACAAGGUUCCCCAGAGAGACACAGUGCACAUCUUCCGCAAAGGCGUGAAGCCAGUCUGGGAGGACCCUGAGAAUCUCAAGGGUGGAUGUUGGAGAUUCCGAGUGCCGAAGAGAAAAGCGCAGGCUUUCUUUCACGAGAUCGCCAUUCUUUGUAUCUCGAAUGAGUUCCAGGCUGUUUUGGAGAAAGAACACGACCACGUCCUAGGAGUAUCUACCUCCGUACGCUUCAACACGCAUCUGAUCUCGGUAUGGAACAAAUUAGGCUCGAACGAGCGCUCCGUCAAGCUUCUAGAGGAAACAAUCCUCAAUCGCUUGUCGCCAAAUCUACGACCCACUGACUCAGGUACGAACUCGUAUUUCUAUAAACGCCAUCAUGAGAAUGAAGGGUACCAAGAAGCCGUUGGACAGCAGGCGGGUUCGGAGUAA